AUGGACAAUAGCACUAUGACUAUGGUCAAUACCACGACUCAUACCACUCAUGAUACAGGUGAUAAUGCUUGGAUGAUGACAUCAACUGCAUUAGUUCUUCUUAUGACACCAGCGUUAGCUUUCUUCUAUGGUGGCCUUGUUGAUAGAAAGAAUAUUUUAAAUCAACUUUUUCUUUCAUUUAUUUGCAUGGGUAUUGUAUUUGUGCAAUGGGUAUUAUUUGGAUUUUCCUUUGCAUUUGGUCCACCAGUUAGUCCUGGUUUCGGAUCAUUUGGAUGGGCUGUAUUACGAUUUGGUGAAUCUGAGAAUACAGACUAUGCUCCAACAUAUCCAUUAUUAACAUAUGCUGCAUAUCAAGGUACUUUUGCAAUAAUUACACCUGCAUUAAUCUCCGGGGCAAUUGUUGGUCGAAUGAAACUUAUUCCUUAUAUGAUAUUUAUCUUCAUUUGGUCAACGGUUUGUUAUGAUCCAAUGGCUCAUUGGGUAUGGGGUAGUAAUGGAUGGUUGAAACAUUUAGGUACACUUGAUUUUGCUGGAGGCACGGUCGUACAUAUUCUAUCGGGUGUUUCGGGUCUUGUAGCAGCAUUAAUUCUUGGAAAACGAUCUGAUUAUGAUCCACGAAGUACUGCAGCUAAUAAUCUUCCAUUUACAAUUUUGGGUACAGGUCUUCUAUGGAUUGGAUGGUGUGGUUUUAAUGCUGGCUCAGCUAAUGGUGCUAGUGGUUUAGCUUCUCUUGCAUUAGUUAAUACAAAUGCAGCAGCUGCUGCUGCUCUUAUUACAUGGGUAGUCAUUGAUGCUCUUCGUGGUCAAGUAUCAAUUUCAGGUGCAUGUGUUGGACCAAUUGUUGGUUUAGUUGCUGUCACACCAGCUUGCGGUUUUAUACAACCAGGAUGGGCACUCUUCUUUGGAGUUGUUGCAACGUGUAUAAUAUAUGUGCUUCUAAUACUCAAACAUCACAUUCGUCUUGAUGAUACAUUAGAUGUAGCUAUUGUCCAUGGUGGAGGUGGUAUAGUAGGAGCAUUUAUGACUGGUUUAUUUUGUGAACAAUCAGUUAAUCCGUCAGGGGGUUUCGAUGGUGCAUUUUAUGGGCGACCUGUUCAACUAUGGUAUCAAACUGUUGGUAUUCUAACUGCAAUUGGUUUUGCUGCUUUAUGUACUGCUGGUAUUCUUUAUCCAUUGAGUUGGAUUAUAGGUAUUCGUUUAGCUAAAGAAGAUGAACUUGAAGGACUUGAUUUAACAGCUCAUGGAGAAGGUUGGGAAGUCGUCGCAUCACGUGCUGUUAGUGAUUUGGUAAAAAAAAUUUUAGAUAAUCAACAUAAUCCUAAUGAAAUGCGAGAAAGUGGUACUUUUGAAUUACAUUAUACUCCUUCUGAUGCAAAACGCAAACCAUUUAAAGUUAAUCUAUCCAAACCACAGAAAACAUCUGAUGAACAAAUGAAUUCUCCGACAAUAAACAAUCCAUAA